AUGUCUUGUAAUAGUAAAUGUGUGGUGAAUUUUGUUCAAAUUAAAAAUAAAUGGAGUGAGAUUGAUGCUGGAUACAAUUGUUGUAAAAAUAAUUGUUUAAAUACAAAGAAACUUAUUGGGAAUUGUAAUGAAGGAAAUGGAUUUGUGAAUUUAAUUGAUGAUGAAAAUGUUAAAUAUAUUAAAUAUCAGAGGGGGAGUGGAGGUAAAUUAAUUGAAUUUUUGGUUUUAAAAAUAUUUUUAGGUUUUGAUAAAAUUGUGCUUGUUUAUGCAGAAAAUUCAUUUAAUAGACCCGAAAGUUGUUUUGAUUAUUCUUUAUAUUAUUUUGAAAUUAAAUGUAAAAGAGAAUUCGCUGAAGAUGAGUUAUAUGAUUCCAAAAUAUGGAUGUUUAUUGGUCUUAAAAAUAGUAAUACAAAUGAUUAUAUUUUUUAUUCUGUAAAGGAUUCUAUAAUUAGAAACAAAAAAGAUGGAGAAUUUAAACUUUCAAAUUUUAAUACGAAUGAUGACGAUAUUUUUGGGUGUGGACUAGUUUAUCCACCAAAUAAUAAAGAACUUCCUUAUAUUUUCUUUACACAAAAUGGAGAACAAAUUGGUAAAAGAAUAUUAUUGAAAGAUAUUUUCGACUCAUAUAAACCAUAUGUUAAACUGAAAUGUUAUUCGGUAGAAGCUAAUUUUGGAAGUGAUUUGGAGACUAAACCAUUUAUUUAUGAAAUUUCAGAACAUUUAACAAAAGAAUUUCAUUAA